CACCUCUACACUAAACCAUAAAUAGAAACUAUCAAACAAAAAAAUACCAACCCAUCUCCCCUAUUUCCAACAUCAAUGGAAACUCAAAAUGAGAGCUUAUGGAUAUUAGCUAUGGCUUCCAAAUGCACUACCUUAUCUCCACAAAUAAUCCUUCUCCUUUUUUUACUCUUCUCCUUCUCUUGGAUAGUCCUGGUUUUGCUCUACUGGGCCCAACCGGGUGGCCCAGCUUGGGGCAAAUACCGUCACAAAAUCAGCCCAAGAACAGCCCGUUUACCACAUGGGCCAAAAGGGUACCCUCUAAUUGGAAGUAUGAAGUUAAUAUUGGGCUUAGCCCAUCACAAGCUGACUUCCAUGGCUGACCUUCUUAAAGCUAGAAGACUCAUGGCUUUCAGCUUAGGUGAUACACGUGUCGUGAUCACAUGCAAUCCUGAUGUAGCAAAAGAAAUCCUCUGUAACUCAGUGUUUGCUGACCGUCCGAUUAAGGAAUCAGCUUACAGUCUGAUGUUUAACCGUGCGAUGGGGUUUGCUCCUUAUGGCGUGUAUUGGAGAACGUUAAGAAGAAUUGCAGCUAACCAUAUGUUUAGUCCAAAACAAAUUAAUUUUUCAGAAAAACAAAGAAAAAAUAUAGCUUUUCAAAUAAAGAAAAUAAUAGAUUCAAAAAUUAAUGAAAAAUUUUGUGUACGGGAAAUGCUGAAAUUAGCAUCCCUUAUUAAUAUAAUGGAAUCUGUGUUCGGAAAACGGUACGAGUUGGAUGUGGCAGCAGCCUCGCUAGAUAGCGAGGCUGCUGAACUAAGCCAACUCGUACAAGAAGGGUAUGAUUUGUUAGGAAAGCUUAAUUGGAGUGAUCACCUUCCUUGGCUUGGUUUAUUUGAUGUUCAGAGGAUCCGGGAGCGAUGUUCUGGGCUUGUACCUCGGGUUAAUCGGUUUGUUACCCGGAUUAUAUCCGAACAUCGAACCAAAGAUCAUGUUCAAGAGAUAGGUCAGGAUUUUGUUGAUGUUUUACUGUCGUUAAAUGGACCUGAUAAACUGUCGAACGCUGAUAUGGUGGCUGUUCUUUGGGAGAUGAUAUUCAGAGGAACAGAUACAGUAGCAGUUUUAAUAGAGUGGAUAUUAGCAAGAAUGGUUCUUCACCCUGAAGUUCAAUCAAAGGUCCAAGAUGAGCUAGACAAAGUAGUUGGCAAAUCAAGACCGUUGAUGGAAUCAGAUAUCCCAUCAUUGAAUUACCUACAAUCAGUAAUCAAAGAAGUACUGAGAUUACACCCACCGGGCCCACUUCUAUCAUGGGCCCGUUUAUCAAUCACUGAUACAACCCUUGAUGGGUAUCACAUCCCAGCAGGAACUACUGCCAUGGUUAACAUGUGGGCUAUUACCCGGGACCCUCAAAUAUGGGUUGACCCACUAAGAUUUUACCCUGAAAGAUUUGAUAUUGACACAGAUCAUUUCUCAGUGUUGGGCUCGGACCUUCGUUUAGCACCUUUCGGGUCGGGUAGAAGGUCAUGUCCUGGAAAGGUACUCGGGUUGACUACAGUUAGUUAUUGGGUGGGUACUCUGUUGCAUGAAUUUGUGUGGGCACAGUCUGAUCAGAACCCUGUAAGUCUUGCUGAAAUUAUGAAAUUGUCAUGUGAAAUGGCAAAUCCCUUGACUGUGGUGGUUAAUCCUAGAAGAAACAGAGCAUAAGUAAGAUACAUCUCUUCUUUUGAGUUUGCUAGAUCUAACGAUAGACAUAAAUAAUAAAUCAAAUUCAAAAAGAGGGCGAAUAGGAAGUAUUAUUGUACAAAUUUUAGUAAAUUAAGCUGAAAAAUACUAGUAUAGAUUUGUAAAAUAUAAAUACUUACUACUUCCUUUGUUCCAUUAAAAAUUGCGAUAAUCUAUAUGAAAAACUCUAGCAUAAAAAAUUCAAUUAAUUAUAACAAUUUUUAUAAAACGUAUAUUCUAAAUAGGAAAAGGUACUCAAUAUAGGGAAGAAGCUAGACAACUUUUUAUAUCAUGUCAUUAUCUCAAUGACAAGUUACAUCUAUUUAAGUGGAAUUUUGAGGAAGGUGAUGCAUACAACCUUAAUUUUAUAAUAAUAAAUAAGUUGUUUCCUUAUUUAAAAAAGAUUGUUUACACUUAGCUCUUAAUAAAUUAGGUUUAUAAGACAACAAUGUUAUGCUGAUACAUAAAAUAGUAUAUAUAUAUAUAUAUAUGAUGGUUAAUUAUUUAUCGUUCUUUAGCAAGUUUAAUAGGGUUGUCUGUGAGUAGUUUUUGUCAGUUGGUGGCCCGUUUAAUAAGUUUAUUAGUUUGGG